AUGGCUGCAGAAGCAUCAUCUGAUGCGGAAGUGCCAGGGUUGCCUGACUCAGACAAGGUCUAUCUUGGAGCAGUGAAAUCAUACAAUGAUCGAAGAGGAUUUGGCUUUGUUGCCUGUGCCGAGACGGCAGCAGAAUUUGGAAGAGAUGUAUACAUGGCCAAGCUGGAGGCGCAAAUGGCUGCGGCAGAUAUCUGGCUAGAAGCCGGUGAAGAUCCUCAAUCUGUGGUUGACAAACUAGCCGAGAGUAUGGCAGCUGUUCCUGAGAAGGAGAAGUCAGCUUCCCUGCCAAGACUUGCAGAGGAGGAUCUUGUGCAGUUUAUGGUAAAGCUCAGCGUUGAAGGCUUUCCUCAGGCCGUGAAGGUGCGGCGCAUGCAGAAGUAUAGCGGGACCGUGGUGCGAGCUCCGGAGUGGAUCAACGAGUCGCCGGAAAGCCCAUGGAAGCCCGGCACUGCUGUUUGCGCAGAAGUCGCACGUAACCUUGGCGGCACCGGCGAGGUGCUGCUUUUACAGUCGAAUUGCGGCCAAGUUCGGUUUCAGCCCGGCGACAGAGUCAGUUUCUGCCUGCCUAAGGCGUCAGAAAUUGGCUACCUCCCAGAGGCAAAGCUCGUCAUGCUGUCCCACACAGACCGGCCUGCAGGGUCUGUGCUGGGCUGCUGCAGACUUCACCUGCCGAGACCCGCUCUGGGCGAUGGAAGACCUCAGCCUGCACCUCUCAAUUUAGACCUGCACGCCUUCUCCAGCAAGGUUGUGUUAUCUGGCUUGUCGAUUGACGUUGGAGAAGCAGAACUGAUGCGUUUUUUCUCGAAGCAGGGGGCAACAAAGGGCAUUGUCGCCCAUGCUCGAGGGUGCAGCUUCGCGUCCAUAACAUUUCCAAGCUGCACAGAUGUCGCCACCUUUGUGGGACGAUCUGCCCAUGCCUUUGCAGAUGACAAGGAAACUCGUAUCGCGUUGCUUCUAAAUCGGUCACCCAUUCGAUGCCCGGCAUCUGACGAGGCUCGAUUGCCAGCUUUGCCAGCACCCACAAUCCGGCCGGGUGAGGCGCCCGCAUCCAUUUUUGUGAAUUGGGCACCCUUGCAACUGGCCCUGGGUUAUGUAGUGGAGCUGCGGCCGGCCGGGACAAAGGCAGAGUGGGCGCCGGUCGAUGUGACCGGCCACUUGGGCACAGAGCAAGGGCACUUUGCACCCAGCUGUUCAUCGUGCAAGGUAGCCGGUCUCCGUCCGGGCUACGCAUACGAGGCACGAGUGACAUAUGUCUCUUCGUGUGGCUGCCGAUCGGAGGCUUCUGAUGCCUCUCAGCCAUGUGCCCCAUGCGAGCAGCGCAGUACUCGCAGUGCGGCUGCUGGGUACCAGACGCAGGCAAACGUUCAGGGCAUCGCCUGGCCACAGGCAUCUCCUUCCCGUGGGCCAACGGCGACUACACCAGGUUGGGCUGCACCUUGUCAAGGAUUCUCGUCAGCAGCUCCAACGUGGCAUUGCGUCCAUGGGGCCGUGGUACCAGCGGCACGUGCCCCUGAAAUCCUAGCCCUAGAUGAGGCUGGGUUCUCCGUCGCGGUGCGCUGGACCUCGGUGGGGGCUGCUGCUUACGUUGUUGAGCUACGUGAGGCUGGGUCGCCAAUGGCAGAGCGCUUUGUGAGAAGCGCAUCUCCCACGCCACCGGGAACGCUGAUGGAACUAAGAGUCGGCGGUUUGAGACCUGGGCCCGGCAGAGCCUAUGUGGCACAGGUCCGGAGCGUAGGUCACUGUGGUUGCGAAUCUUCGCCGUCGGACUUUGGACGCUCGCAAACAAUGCCUUACCUGCCAGACAUGCCUGGCGGGGAGGCAGCUUCGCCAGCAUCAUCUCCACAGUGGGCCUCGCACAGGGAGAGUCAAGCGAACGCCAUGAAUUCCUUGCAAACAUCGGCUGGGUUUGGAUAUGCGGGAAGCUGGAACGGCUCUGGGCCUCAGAUGCAUCGCCAUUGUCUGGGCACAUCCCACGGCGGUCGCUCACCAGGUGAUGCCGAAGCCGCGCUGGCUGCGGCACCGCAGGCACCUGUGGCUCCAGCUGGGCCUUACGUCUCUCCGCUAUCUGAUGCAGCGCCUUUCGCCAGCAAAACAUACUUGCAGGAGAUCUGCAAACAGGCAAUCCGCAAGGAACUGCCUCCGGAGGUGACUGGUCAGGAAGAAUGCCUCAUUCUUGAUUGA